AUGCGCAAUACUUUCGGAUUACGUUUCCUUUAUCUAUUCUUCAAUAUACCUUUUUUGUAUCUGCAGCGAGAGACACUUGUUGGUCAGUUAGAGACUAAUCGACGAGAUAUCGAGCUAAGUUUCGAUGAACUGGACAUGUAUGAGGAAACACAGGAUGCUGGCUAUGACAAAUUUAUGGAAAAUAUAGCAACGCGUCGACGUCUUGCCGCUGAAAAAGUUGCUCCCAUAACAGCAUCCGAGGGAGCAAAAAAUGGAUUACCAUUUGGUGAAGGACUGCCAAUAUUAUCCGGUGGGCCGCAUUGUCAGCCUCCUCUUCGACCAUCGUCCAAUACCGCUGCGCAUUCGUCAAAUGUUUCAUCUUCUUUCUUUAUCAGGAGUCAUUCAGCAAAUUCAACAAACCAUUCGGCUGCGUCAUUCACCUCCAUAUCAUCCUUAAAAGCAGAUAACAGUGAGGGAAUAAACAAAAACGCAACUGUAAGCGACAUCAUGUCGAAUGACGCGAGUAAUAGCGAUGAGGAAGUGAAUAGCAUGGUGACCACAUACGAGGAAGAUGUGCCAUCUGAGGACGAACUGGAAGUUGGUGAAAAAAGCGUAGCACAAAAACGAACGAGAGCAUUGGACAGUCCUCGAUCACAAGCACUCAAUAGAUCGAGACAUGAAUCAGAGACACCAAUGGCAUACAAAGUAUCGAUCGAUAAUUCAGUAGAUAGCAUCACUGAAAGCAAUCAGAAAGAAGACUCUGUCAACAAAAUGCAGUCGGAAUGUUUAAAUGAUGAUUUAGAUGCUUGGCUUAAUGAUACCGAAGAUACCGAGGAUGCAAAGAAAGGCACAAAAGUAGUAUAUAAAGAGUCAGAUGAAUCGUACCCAAAUCCUUUGGUUGCUCCUAUACCUGCUGAUUCAGAAAGUGAAGAUGAGAUUGGACGUCAUAUUACCUCUAUCACAACUGAUCAUCCUCGUGUAGGAAAAAACACAUACGAAUCUAAAGCAAGAACUGCUAACGGGAUUGUCGACAUGAAGCAAGAAUCCGAAACGAAAUCCUCUUCAACCAAAAAACAUUCAAAAAGAACAAGCGACAAAGUUACCCGUAAUAAAGGUAAACUCGACAACAGAAGUGAUCGCAGAGGUACCGAGAUAUUAAGUGCCAGAGAUUUUUUGGAUAGCGAGCUUACUGUGGAUCCGAACAGCUACGAUCCAUUAUAA